GUUUUCAAACAAUAUCAGAGGUUCAGUCUACAUUAGUCUGCAACCAAACGCCACAGCCCAUAAUACUGGUUCCUUGAUUUCUAUUCUACUUCUCCACACGGGGGCUUAAUCCUUGCUCACAUGCCCUGUUCCUUCAUUUCUUGUUUCUUCCUUCUGAUUCAAUCCGGUGGGGGAAAGCUUUCAGCUUGAUUUCGGGCGUGGUAGUUCGGCUCAGCUGGGAAAAGAGGUUCAGCCUCUGCGGGAGUCUUUUGGGUCAAUUGGGGUCGCUGCAAGAAUGGAGAAGAGCUGCAAAAUCGGUAGAUUGAAGGAUCGUGGUGGGGUUCUGCUGUUGAUGCUCAUCUUUGUGAUGGCUCAUCAGAAUCCGAGCUCGUGUUGGUGUCUGAAUGAAGAAGGUUUGGCUCUCUUGAGGCUGAGGGACAGGAUAGAGAGUGACCCUUUUGGAGCUUUGAGAGGUUGGCAUGAAUAUGAUGGAGAAAUUGAUCCAUGCUCAUGGCUCGGGGUGGAGUGCUCUGACGGAAAAGUUGUUGUCCUCAACUUGAAAGAUCUCUGUCUUGGAGGAACUCUGGCACCGGAGAUUGGGAACCUCGCUCAUAUUAAGUCCAUUAUCUUACGCAACAAUACUUUCUCUGGGUCCAUUCCUGAAGAGAUCGGAGAGCUCAAGGAGCUGGAGGUGUUGGAUCUAGGAUACAAUAAUUUCAGUGGGCCACUGCCCUAUAAGCUUGGGAAUAAUCUCUCUCUAGCAAUCCUCUUACUUGACAACAAUGGGCUACUAACUGCACUGUCACCUGAAGUCUACGAGUUCAAGAUUAUUUCCGAAGCUCAAGUUGAUGAGAGCCUGUUAUCUGCUUCUCUAGAAAGGAAUGCAGAUGAUAUUCAAGGUCAGCAUUUCAUUCAUGAGAGAGCGCUUUCUGGGACAUCCCCUCAUAGUUCCACUUCACCAGACAAAUCAGCAAACCACACCAGUUCUCCACGAAAUCGUGAGCAAAAGCCGCCAGUAGCGUCCGCGUCCGCGUCCGCGUCCCCGUCCCCAUCCCCAUCCCCAUCCCCAUCCCCAUCCCCAUCCCCAUCCCCAUCCCCAGCCCCAGCCCCAGCCCUGGCCUCAUCCCCUCCGCCAUCUCAGGCCCCUAAAGCGAAAACAGUGCUGCUCAUCGGUGCCUCUGUUGGGGGAUCUGCGUUAUUGUUCUUGAUCAUACUUGGCAUAUACUUCUACAGGCGGGACAAAGGUACCAUGGUCAAACCUUGGGCCACAGGCUUAAGCGGACAGCUCCAGAAAGCAUUUGUAGCAGGUGUCCCGAAGUUGAAGAGAUUGGAGCUCGAAAUAGCAUGCGAAGACUUCAGCAACGUGGUCGGGACUUCCUCAAUGGGCACAAUAUACAAAGGGACUUUGUCCAGCGGGGUCGAAAUAGCUGUGGCCUCUGUUGCAGCCAAAUCUGCCAAUGAUUGGUCAAAAAACCUCGAAGCACAGUUCAGAAAGAAGAUCGAUGUGCUAUCAAAAGUGAAUCACAAGAACUUCGUGAACCUGAUUGGGUAUUGCCAGGAGCAGGAGCCAUUUACUAGGAUGAUGGUUUUUGAAUACGCUCCAAAUGGAACACUCUUUGAGCAUUUACACAUAAAAGAAGCAGAGCACGUAGACUGGGGUACGCGAGUAAGAAUCGCGAUGGGAAUGGCCUAUUGCCUUGAAUAUAUGCACCAACUCAGCCCGCCUAUCCCCCAUAAAAACUUAACUUCCUCAGCGGUUGCUCUCACAGAAGAUUAUGCAGCAAAGAUCUGCGACUUCAACUUCUGGAACCAAAUGGCUGCUUCUGAGAUUGAAUCCUUUGGUAUAGAGCUUGUCGAGAACUCUUCGGCAGGACCGCAGAGAAAUGUCUACGCCUUCGGGGUUAUCCUGUUUGAGAUGGUCACAGGUAGACUCCCUUACUCCGUAGAUAACGGAUCAAUCGAAGAUUGGGCCUCAGACUACGUGAGAGGGGACAGGCCUCUUGCAGAAAUGGUGGACCCAACUCUGAGAUCUUUCGAUGUGGACCAAGUAGGGAAGAUCAGCGAAAUCAUAAGAUCUUGUGUCCACCCCGACCCAAAACAUAGACCAUCCAUGAGAGAGGUCUCUUUGAGAUUGCGAGACGUAACGGGGAUUCCACCUGACGGGGCAAUCCCGAAAAUAUCCCCUCUCUGGUGGGCGGAACUUGAGAUCCUCCCCACCGACGGGACCUAAAUUAUUUAUAGGGGCGUGUAUAAUGUAAGCAUGACUUCAAAUUUUCCGCUUAAUAUGUUUUGUCGGUUUCUUUAGCUUGCACGGGGGUAGGAUGUGAAACUAGUCGCCCCUGACGUUAUUAUUAUGCCCGUCUGUUUGUAAAGUGCAUGAAGGUGUCGAAGCCUUUGUAUAUACAACGUAGGCAAAGGUCAGGUUAGACUUGUUCUGUUCGGUUUCUUCCUUGGGAACGGUCUCUCUCGAAGCAUAUCAGAAAGUAAAAAUGAUCUCGACCAGUCUGGAGUCACAACUCA